UGGCAAAUUGUUAAAUGUAAUCUAAUUGUUAUUAAUAAUUUAUAAGGGUUUCAUAAAAAUUACUUUAUAAUAUUGAAUGUUUUGGAGGAAUGGCUGCAGUAUAAAAUAAGAAUCUGAAAUGACACUAAAAUUUUAGAGGUCAUCUCUAAUAUCCUAUAAUUCUCAUGUAUAAUCCGGUCCCGGUCGUGGUUAUGUUUAGUUUUUGAAAUCGCCAGGAAAAUUUCAGUUUAUUAACGGUGUCCAUGAAUAUUUCACUAUGUCAGAUUUAAGAAAAUCAGUUUUAGGAAUGCACGCCAAACGUUCUGGGUUAGCAGCUGCUUCAAAACAAGAUUUUACUCCUGUAAAGUGGACAGAAUACUUUGAUUCAGAAGAAAAAAUUCAGACUGAACAUGGGAAUUUUCAUUUAUUUAGUAAAGGUAAUGAGGGUCCUAUUUUAUUGUGUUUACAUGGCGGAGGCUAUUCCGGCUUGACAUGGUCACUAUUUGCUGCCGAGAUUUUAAAAGUAAUACAUUGUCAAGUUAAAGCGGUAGAUUUAAGAGGGCAUGGUAAUACCACAACUAAUAAUGACUAUGAUCUUUCACUAGAGACAUUGGCUAGUGAUGUAGUUGAGGUAGCAAAUUAUUUAAUAGAAAAAGUUGGUACCCCCAUUAUAUUAAUGGGACACAGCAUGGGUGGAGCUGUGGCUGUGGAAGCUGCAUAUCAUAUAAAGUCUGUUGUGGGUCUGUGUGUAAUCGAUGUAGUCGAAGGAACAGCUUUAGAUGCAUUGUCUUCAAUGCAAAGUAUUUUGAGAGGCAGGCCUUCUCAUUUUAAAAGCCUACCUCAUGCUAUCCAAUGGUGUUAUAAAGGGGGCCAAACUCAUAAUUUAGAAGCAGCUCGAGUAUCAAUGCCAGGACAAAUUGUCAAUAUGAAAACAAACAAGUUAGCUGCUGAUGAAUGUGACGACAUUGACAUGAAUAAUAUUGAACUCACUUCAUCAUCCCAUAGAGAGCUGGUGGCUUCUUCAUAUACUUUAACCGAGGUAGCUGAAGAAUCAGAUGAAAGCGAUGAAGCUAAAUGCAGUGACUGUGGUAAACCCCCACUUCCUAAAUCUCAGAAGACUGAUGUUUUUAAAUGUCCCAAUAAUUUUAAAGUUAAAGAUGAUGGGCCACAAUAUACAUGGAGAAUUGAUUUGAGCAAGACGGAACAAUUCUGGACAGGAUGGUUUAAAGGACUCUCACAGAAAUUCUUAGAUAUUCGCAUCCCUAAAAUUCUAUUGCUUGCCAAUAUCCAUGGUUUAGAUACUACUCUAACUGUAGGUCAGAUGCAAGGUAAGUUUCAGAUGCAGGUUCUAGCAAGAUCUGGCCAUGCUAUUCACGAAGAUCAACCUCACAAUGUAGCUGAAAUUGUUAGUGGCUACCUGGUAAAGCAGAAGUUAGCCGAACCAAAAUCUGAUUUCAUUCAACCUCCUCUUCCUUCUUGUUAAUCAGUAUCGUUUCUUGUGGUAUUACUCGUUUUAAGUAUUCUUUUUUUGGUGUUUUGGUCUAGUACCAAAUAGUUUAGGUAAAAAAUUUGUAACUGUUGCAUUUGCUUUAAAUAUGUUCUUCUAACAAGACUAAAUUGUUAGAAUCUAGGUAAUGUUUUUCACUGUAAAGAUUCUAGGUUGAAAUGCAUUUGGAUGACUAAACAGUUUUGAUUGUCUUUCAGCAGCAUGAAGAUUUUUUCAUUUGAACACCUUUGUUGAUAGUUUUUCAGUUUAUCUUUAGAAAAAUUUAUAUUAAAAUCAAUUUUCAUGCAAACAAAAUUUGUGAUGAAAGUUGAUUUGAACAUCGAACAAUAAAUCAUUCAGUGACCCUAAAACUACAGAUUACAUAAUUUUUAAUAAAUACAACAAAUGUUUUUAUCAUAAGAAAUUACCAAAUGCGAUCUGUUUCCCAUUACUUAACUUGUUUGUACAAAUUAGGUUAUUUUUCAAAUUAUUCAAUACUGUAGAAGUGUACAAUUGCA